CUCUCUCCCCGUCCUGCUCCUUCAAGAGCAGCCGAAAGGGUUGGUUGUACAGAGGGACAGAUUGAGAGAACGAUCACGUAUGCUCGAGAGUACAUCAUUUUCAAAUAUAUAUCAUGAUAAUGAAGGAAAAACAUCUUGAUUACUUGUUAGUUCCUACAGGCCUUACAGUAAUGUUGGCAUAUCACAUAUGGCUUCUCUAUCGAAUUGUGCUGCACCCCAACAAGACUGUCAUCGGCAUCAACGCCACCAAUCGCAAGUUCUGGGUCCAAGCUAUGAUGGAGGACGCGCCCAAGAAUGGUGUUCUUGCCGUACAGACACUGAGAAACAAUAUAAUGGCAUCGACCCUAUUGGCUUCCACCGUUAUAAUGCUUAGCUCCCUCAUUGCCCUCUUGAUGUCAAGCAGUAGCUGGGAAAAAUCGUCAUAUAAUCUUGUGUUUGGGGUCAGAACCGAGCUUGGCUUCACCAUAAAGUUCUUCUCCAUAUUGGUCUGCUUCUUGUUCGCUUUCCUGCUCAACGUGCAGUCUGUAAGGUACUACAGCCAUGCAAGCAUCCUCAUCAACGUGCCUUUCAAGAAGGUGUCAUCGAGUCCGCACUAUCUUCAUCUCACAGCCGAGUAUGUUGCCAGGACUGUGAAUAGGGGCGGCUAUUUCUGGUCUCUAGGUUUGCGUGCCUUCUACUUCUCUUUCCCUUUGUUUUUCUGGCUCUUUGGGCCUAUUCCCAUGUUGCUUUCCUGCUUUGUCCUGGUUUUCAUGCUCUAUUUCCUUGAUGUCACACUUGAAUUUGGGAGUGCGGUUGCUUUUUCUGACAAUGACCACGGCAAGGAUCAUGUGGCACUUGGGAUGGAAACUUGAAGUUGGUCCCUCGUGUGGUUGGCUUAUGGUGCCAUUUUCAAGUACUUUAGCAUGCAGGGAGGCAUACCUUAGAAUGGCUGCACGCUAAGACGAAAGACGAAGAGGGUAUUCCAGCUAACUACUUAGGUUUAUAGGAAGAAAAUAAGCGCAGUCCCUAUUCAACUCAAGUUGAAUUAAGUUACGCAUCCUGUUGUUAUAGCUUGUAAUAGUAUCUUAUCUUUUUGGCAUGCUUUGUUAACUUAGUGCAGUACCUCCUUGCAUUUAUGUUCAAUUAUUUCCGCUUUCAGAUUUGGA